CGAGGCUGACGCGCCGCGCUACCGGUCAGAUCUUAAAAGGCCGGGCAGUGCGUGUGGCAUCCCGACAGAACAGGAGAGGAGCAAGUGGCAGCGCCCGGUGUUGGGAGCGUGGCUGUCACUGCGCUGGAGCAUCCCUGAGCUUCUGAACAGAGCCGGGUAGUCAGCAGUGCAGCAGCCGCAACUCCACGCCGAGCCGAGCUCAAUCUGUCUCGUGUCUCCGCUCCGGCGAUCCUCCGAGACUCCGCACAAAGCACAUUUUCCAAAGCAGCGCAAGGGAGCGCCCAGCCGCGUGCAGGCGGACGCACCCUUCCUGUCCUUUGUUCCGGGGGGGAUCUGCAGCUGCUCUUCUCCCCCAACUCGGAGUCUUCCCUCCAGGGGUGGCAGGUCGCCGAAUACAGCAACGAAGAUGCCUUUGGAACUGACCCAGAGCCGGGUGCAGAAGAUCUGGGUGCCUGUCGAUCACCGACCCUCGUUGCCCAGAUCCUGUGGGCCGAAGCUGACCAACUCCCCAACGGUGAUUGUGAUGGUGGGGCUCCCAGCCCGGGGUAAGACUUACAUCUCCAAGAAGCUGACUCGCUACCUCAACUGGAUAGGUGUUCCAACGAAAGUGUUCAAUGUGGGAGAAUACCGACGGGAGGCUGUGAAGCAAUACAGCUCUUACAACUUCUUCCGCCCUGACAAUGAGGAGGCCAUGAGAGUCCGAAAACAGUGUGCCUUAGCUGCCCUGAGAGACGUCAAAAGCUACCUGACAAAGGAAGGAGGACAGAUUGCAGUUUUUGAUGCCACCAAUACAACGAGAGAAAGGAGGCACAUGAUCCUUCAUUUUGCCAAAGAAAAUGACUUCAAGGCAUUUUUCAUCGAGUCCGUCUGUGACGACCCUACAGUUGUGGCCUCCAAUAUCAUGGAAGUGAAAAUCUCCAGCCCGGAUUACAAAGACUGCAACUCCGCAGAAGCCAUGGACGACUUCAUGAAGAGGAUCAACUGCUACGAAGCCAGCUACCAGCCUCUUGACCCUGAUAAAUGUGACAGGGACCUGUCAUUCAUCAAAGUGAUUGACGUUGGCCGGAGGUUCUUGGUGAACAGAGUGCAGGACCACAUCCAGAGCCGAAUCGUGUAUUACCUGAUGAACAUCCACGUGCAGCCCCGGACCAUCUACCUGUGUCGGCACGGCGAGAAUGAGUACAACGUGCAGGGCAAGAUUGGGGGCGACUCAGGCCUGUCCAGCAGAGGCAAGAAGUUCGCCAAUGCCCUGAGCAAGUUCGUUGAAGAGCAGAAUCUGAAGGACCUCCGCGUGUGGACCAGUCAGCUGAAAAGUACCAUCCAGACCGCGGAGGCCCUAAGGCUCCCCUACGAGCAGUGGAAGGCGCUCAAUGAGAUUGAUGCUGGUGUGUGUGAGGAACUAACCUAUGAGGAGAUCAGAGACACCUACCCUGAGGAGUAUGCACUGCGUGAGCAAGACAAAUACUACUACCGCUAUCCCACAGGCGAGUCCUACCAGGAUCUUGUCCAGCGCCUGGAGCCUGUGAUCAUGGAAUUAGAGCGCCAAGAGAACGUAUUGGUCAUCUGUCACCAGGCUGUCCUGCGCUGCCUACUAGCCUACUUCCUUGACAAGAGUGCAGAGGAGAUGCCAUACCUGAAAUGCCCACUUCACACAGUCCUGAAACUGACGCCCGUGGCGUAUGGGUGCCGUGUGGAGUCCAUUUACUUGAAUGUAGAAUCAGUGAGCACGCAUCGGGAGAGGUCAGAGGCUGUCAAAAUACAACACUUUGCCAGUGUAGUCAGACCUUCCUCUUACACCGAACUUGACUUUCUGUCUGUGGAGUCCGCAAAACAGGAUGCAAAGAAGGGACCUAACCCUCUCAUGAGACGCAAUAGUGUCACCCCACUAGCCAGCCCCGAGCCCACCAAAAAGCCUCGCAUCAACAGCUUUGAGGAGCAUGUGGCUUCCACUUCUGCUGCCCUGCCAAGCUGCCUGCCCCCGGAAGUGCCCACGCAGCUGCCCGGACAACCUUUGCUAGGGAAAGCCUGUCUAACAUGAGGAGCCCCCGGAGCGGUGCCGAAUCUUCCCAGAAGCACUGAUGCUGAAGUAGGGGUUCCCUUCCGUUUCCACAGCCUGCCUUGUGGCUGCUCAUCUACCUGAGGCCAAGGACUUCCAGACUGGGGGAGAAUGGAGGUCUGCUGGUUGAAGAGUAGCAGCCCUCACCUCUGAGGUGUUGGGGGUGGCAAAGACAAUUUGGAAGUUGUACAGAUCCCAGCUUCCUGUGGCAAAGCAGCAGACCUCCCUACGCUCUGUUCUCUUGCGACCGACUUCCAGGGCUGUCUGACCUCACAGAUGCUUCCAAAGUUUGGGGAGGACUUUAGUACUAGAGGACGUGAGAUCAGACCCCUAAGUUGGGGCCCUGGACACCGCCGUGCUGUUUUGUUUUCUUUGGAUCCUGGCCUGGCACGUUGAUAGCUGGAAGACAGGAGUGGCAGAGAAUCCCGAGACUCAGGGUGAGUUAGACACCACCUGCCAGAGGCUCAGGGACGAUCACAAUUCCUCAUGAGCUUUUUGCAUCUUGGCCUAGGAAGAGGCCUCAGAGACAAGGGACUUGGGCACAUGCUGCAUUGGAUAUGGGGGAUUCUCCCUUGAGCUGUGGCCUGCUAACUGAGCAAUGACUUGCCCUGGCUCCUCCACAUGUCCACAUGCCUUCUGGGUCCCAAGUAAAGGGAUGGACUGGCUGUAUCCGUGGAAGGAAGGAUUUUGCUGGAAAAGUUAACCAGGGUCCCCUCUUCCCAGAGGCCCUUCGGCCUUUCCGUUCUUCACCUUGGGACCCGGAGGCACCUGAGUAGAUCCUGUGGUGGCUGGCUGUUUGUUUGCACUCUUUCUCCCUUCGUUUUCCUCCCUCCCUCCCUCUCUCCUCCCUCUUCCCUCCCCUCCCUCCCCACACCUCACUUCAGGGACUUAGAAGGAAGUGUGCUGGCCCUUGGAGGUUUGCAGCUGCUGAGUGGGAGACGUUGGGGUGUCUGAGACGAGAGCCUCAGAGCCAUCAGCUCCACUCCCAUUGUUUAAGAAGGGACGGUGACUCAAGGAAGGUUCGUUUCAGGACACCUGCUCACAGAGCUGUCCCCUUAUUUUGGCCAAGUCUCUGUGGCUGUAUGCCUUAUACCACCAUGCUGGGCAUCUCAAGGAGUUCCCAAGAGUAGAGAAUCGUCCCUGUCAGCUUUACGGUGUCGGCGACAUUUUUUGCAUGGGUUGAAAGUAAGUAGCGCCUGCCUGUUUCUCCCCUUGGUCCACCCGAGUUCUGGGGGGAGGGCAGGACAUGCUAAGCCUGGAAGGAAGCAUUGGGAAACUCAGCAGUGUUCGCCCAAAUGACCCUUCAUGAGAUGCUGCACAGCUGGGAUGGAAGGCCACCUUUUUCUUUUUGCUUCCUUCCCGUGAGCCCUAGGGACCCUAUCUUCCCCAGCUCAGGGGACAGGUCCUGGGGUGACACAAGUCAUGCUUCAUACACUUUAAAGUCACUUUGUGUUCCACAGCUAACCACUCGGCCCAGCAUUCGGCCCAGCCCACUACCCUUUAAAUCUGUGGUUCACCAGGAUAUAUAUAGACACACACGUAUAUAUUCCUCUGAAGACUUGGACUGUUUUCUCUUGGUGGCUUGGGUCUUGACAAGGAUAUAUGCAGUGCAGACUUGGGCUGAGGUGUGCAGGCGGAUAAUACUUUUGGACCUGGGGGCCUGCAGUUUUGUUUUGGGGGCUGGGGGCUGGGGGGAGAGAAGCAGGAUCGGAACUGUGUAGCCCAAACUAUCCCUAAACUCAUGGCCCAUCCUCCUGUCUCAGCCUCCCAAAUGUUAGCCGUUCAGGUUUCAGCAUGAGCCGCCAUGACGGGUACUGUGGCUGUGUGCCUGAAGGUGGCUCCUUAGAUCCCUCCUCCUGACCACACCCACUCAGCUCUAACAACCUAGAGAUGGUGAAGGCUGAGACAAGGGUGGUCAUGUGUGACCAGCUUAAGUCAGGUCAUCAAGACAAGGCUUUGCCCAAUGUGGUUUCACAUUCUGUGGACACCGAAGAAUAAGAUCAGGCCCAGGAGAUCUUGAAGCGAGUGGAACGUGGCUUCCUCUGAAAGCCAGUGACUUGAUGGAUGGGGUGGAUAGCACCCACAGAACUUCCACUCUCCUACCCAAAACAACAAGAUAAAAUGGGGACCAAUGCUUUUAACUUUGCAUAUUUGUUUUUUGGGGUAAGUUUCUCCCUUUUCCUUCAACAAUGGGCAAUAUCCUUGAUUUAUGGGGAGAAGAAAAACUGUUGGAACCACACCAAUGAUAUCUUCAUUUGUAAUACUUGAAAUUUAUUUUUUUAUUAUUUUGAUAGCAGAUGUGCUAUUUAUUUAUUUAAUAUGUAUAAGGGAGCCUAAAACUAGAAAGCUGUAUAGAUUGGGUUUAAUUGUUCAUUGGUUUGGGGCCUUCUUUCAAUGUGUGACUGAUGACUUCUUCAUGUUCCGUGUAAUUGUCUCUGUCGAAGACCUGGGAAGAAGCUAUGCAAGCUUUUAAACAGGAUGCGCCUUUCAGAAAUUUGUAUAUUUUGCAGUUGCAAGAACAAUAAAAACCUGGUUGAGAUAUA